AUGGGUUUAGGGUUUGACAGUUAUAGUUAUUGCCGUGCACUCGGAAGAAAGAGGGUUGUGGUUUCCAAUAGCCAUGAAUCCAUUUCAGUAAGGUCUCCUUUGAAGAAAAUGUGUAGCGGAAAAUUCAAUUCUAUUUCUGAGAAGUCUCGUCUUGAAGCCCUUCCUCAAGAUGUUCUUAUUAGGGUUUUGUGUGGUGUGGAUCAUGAUGAUUUGGAUCAAGUUUUUAAUGUCUCUACAACAAUUAGAGAGGCGAGUGAAAUUGCUAAGCAGAUGCAUUUUAAGUUCAGUACUCCAAAGAAAAACACUGUUGCUGCUGUUCGUUCACCAUUUCAUAUUGAAAAUGGGUGCGAUGAAAUUGAAGCUCCAGAUGCACCGUUGAUGUUAAAGAAAUCAAAGUCAAGGUUGAGUACUAGGAAGCUUGCUGAUAUCUCAGUUACACUGUUUCCUUGA